AUGCAUAUGAUUGAGGAAGAUUCAGAAAUUCUAGAUUCAGUUGAAGGGAACAACAGGUUUCUCCAACAAUCAUCUCAUCAAGGAUGGCCGUUAGCUGGAGUUGGCCCAGUUCCCCCUGUCAUUAGCCAUCAAGUAGUACAUCCUAGUGUAAUAGUACCAACUCAAAAGGAACAGUUUUUGAGAACUAAAUUCUCUCCUCAACAGGAUGCAUUACCAGAAGUGGCAGUUCAAACGUUUGAUAAGCUCAACUUUCCUGCUCCUGCAAGUUCUGGUGAUUUCAAUCGUGUGCUCAUUCAAGCUGGAUCGAGUGGAAAAGAUGCAGGAAUGCUUGGUGAUAAAAAUAAAAGAACCCCAAAGAAUUUACCAGAUGACAAGCAAAUAUUAGCUCCUAUAGGAGGAAAGCAAAUGAAAGAUUCUGGGAAGCAAAUUGCAGUGCAGGAGCAAGCGAACCAGCUGAGAUUGCAGUCUUCAAAUAAGAGUGGCAGAAAGAGGAAAACGUCAUCGAUUUCUCUGGCAGCUGUUGGGAAAGAGAAAGCUACUACAGAUCGUAUUAUGAAUGGCAAUAUCGACAGCUACUUAUCCCGGGGAGAUGCUGGUCUGAUUGCUGCAAGUAAUUCACUCGCUGCAUUGAGGAAAAGUAUUGCUGCUUGCAUUGAAUCUGACCGGAAAGGCAUCACUAUUAAAGAGAUUGGAAGCCUUCACGCAACAAAGAGCAAGCUCCUAUGUUGCCACUUCCAUUCACAAGGAAAGUUGUUGGCUACUGCUGGUCAUGAGAGGAAGGUUGUAAUUUGGGACGUGGAAAAUAGUGAUGUUAAAUGUGGAGAAGGUCAUGCUCAUCUCAUUACAGAUAUCCGUUUUAGACCAAACUCAAUGGUGUUUGCAACAUCCUCUUUUGACAGAACUGUGAUGUUAUGGGAUGCAGCCAAGCCAAGCAACCCUUUCAAAAGCCUUGUCGGGCACGCUGAGCAUGUGAUGUCCACAGAUUUUCAUCCAACAAAGGCCGGUCUCCUCAGCUCUUGUGAUAGCAAUGAUGAGAUUAGACUGUGGGAUGUCGAUGAGGGCGAUUGCAAACUCAUUUUUAAGGUUG